AGUAAAUAUACGCGAUACCAGACCGAAGUAGCAAAGCCGAAGAUGUUUCUAGGGCGAGUGCUACUGUUUACUAUCCCCGGGUGCCCGUUCUGUACUCGGGCUAAGAAGCUGCUGAGUGAUCUACAAGUACCUUAUGUGGCCGUGUGUCUGGAGAAGUUCCCUGAGCGUCGCUAUGAGAUGCAAGAAAGAACUGGUCGGAGAAGUGUGCCUCAGAUUUUCUUCAAUGCCAAGCACAUUGGAGGCUAUGAUGAUAUGAAGAAGUUGCAUGAUGAAGGGAAGCUAGAGGACCUACUCAAGGAGGUGGCAAGUACUGACGUUCCAGCCGACGCCCCUGCCCCGCCCCCUGAGGAUAUUGACUCUGAAGAUAACCUGGAGCUCCUGCCCAGCCAAAGAGACGGAGCCAAUGCCAGUGAGUGCCUCACCAACGACUGCACACCUGACGAGCUGGCUGCUCUGGUUCGUGAGAUGAGGGACAGCAGUGGACUCAUUCGUGCUCACACCUACCACCUCGUUACCUACAAAAACUGCUUCAUCGGGAAAGAUUUCGUCACCUGGCUUGUUGAGAAGAAAGGCCUAAGCUCUCGGGAAGAAGCGGUUAAGUUUGGUUUGGAGCUACAACAGAAACAGUUCUUUCAUCAUGUGACCUUUGACCACGAGUUCAAAGACAACUCACUCUUCUAUCGUCUCCUUGGCGACGGGUACACGAGAGCACUGAAUGCCCAGCUGUCCUUUGCCUGUAUACCACGCCCUGCUGUUGAUGUGGCUAAGGACCUGAGACGGUACAUUGUGGAGAUAUAUGAUGACUUCCUCACUGCUGAUGGAGCGGCAGUGGACUACAGAGGGAUCAGUGCAAGUAAGAAGUUUGAGCGAUAUGUGCACGCCACGGCAGAGUUGAAGAGGGUGGACCUGAGCUCUCUGAGCCGAGAAGAGAAGCUAGCUUUCUUCAUCAACAUGUACAAUGCCCUGGUUAUCCAUGCGUUUGUGGUUCAGGGACCACCCAACAACAUGUGGAAGAGGUUCAGGUUCUUCAACGUAGUGAGCUAUAUCAUUGGUGGUCGUGUAUACACCCUCAACGACAUUGAGAGCGGCAUACUGAGGGCAAACAGGAAACCAGUUGGUGCAUUCAAGAGACCCUUCUCCAAAGAUGACCCCAGGCUGAAGGUGAUGUUGGACGAGUGUGAGCCAUUGAUUCACUUUGCCCUCGUGUGUGGAGCCAAGAGCUGUCCCCCCAUCAAAACAUACUCUGCACAGAGGAUUAAUGAAGAGUUGAAGGUUGCUGGCGAGUCCUUCAUGGAGGGAGAAGCUCUCCUGGUGGACACAGCCAAGAGAGAGAUCAGUGUGACGAUGAUCAUGAAGUGGUACAGGGUUGACUUUGGGUCAUCUAACCAAGAGCUGAUCCAGUUUGUGAUCGACCAUUUACCCGACUGCAGCAAGAAAGAGCAGCUUAGGACAAUGACCCAAGAGCCAGGCAAAGAAAUCAAGAUUAAAUUUCAGACCUACAACUGGGGCCUCAAUUCGACUUAGGAGAAACAAUUGUUGUGUACAUAUAGAGACUGCAUAGAGUUCUAUUUUAUCACAAUUUUAUGACGGUUCAUGUACCAAAAUUUAA